AUGCCAAAGCGGCCGGCAGCAUGCUUGGAGGAGCCACUGGUCUUCCGCACCCAUCUUCGCCAGUGUACGUGUGGUGGCAAUCUUUCGCAGUCCCAUGAUGUUCCAGUAGCCCUCUACUCCAUGGACAGCAAGCGCAGUGUCCGCAUGGUGACAAUGCGGUGCACCACCUACUCCUGUCGGGCAACCUUUGGUCCUAACUUCCGCUACGACGCCUCCAAGAAGAUCAACACCGCCCAGCCGGCCGACAUCACGAAAGCAGGGGCCCUCUUUGUCAACAACAAGGUCGGGUUCAGCGUAUCCUUCUUGGAAUACCACUCCCACCUCGAGUUUCGAUCCUUUGUUGCCGCCACGGCAGUACAGGAUGUGUAUCGGCACACCUUUGGGAUCAAGAAUAUGGAGCAGUCCGAUCAAUGGCGCAAGGUCUAUUCCUCGGAACUGGCACCUUUGGGCAUGGCUAAGAGCAUCAUCAUUGGCCAAGAACUCACGAAAGCGUCCCUUCGUGUGUACGAUAAGCACAUUCUCAAGAAUGUCUUCGUUGCUCCCAAGAAAGCCAGAGUCCUGGAAGUGGUGGCAGACGGCCACUCAAAGGUGCACGUGGCCUGCGCAAAUGCCAAGCGCCAUGCAGGCAAACCUCGACCCGAUCGACUGCCCAAGACUUACAGCCACGGCUGGUUUAUGGUGGUAAAUCCCACCGACCAGAGGAUCCUCUGGGCCAAACCUAUGUAUGAGCCUAAAGGCAACGCUGUGCUGGAGGAGGCCAUCAGCGAGAUCCUUCCUUCAUACAAGAACCUCGACGGUGUGGUGGUGGAUCGGGCAUGUAUCAACUAUGGAUCCUGUGACGUGGAUCAGG